GGGCAAAACGUUUAAGUUCAGAUCACUGAUGGAGUUGGGAGAGAAAUAGAAGUCUAUUAAAUUUCUAGAGCAACAAAUGAAACUACGCUAAAUUUGGCAUACAAUUCGGAACAAUAAGAUUAAAAUGAAACUGAAGAUGUUUUUGAGAGGAAGAGACAUAAAUAAGCACCCAUUAAUUUGCUGCUAAUGAUGAUGAUUUCGGCAAUAUUCCCCCAGCAAACAGCAAAAGAAAACAAAGUGAAGAUCACUCACAAUCGAGGCGCAGCUUUCACUCAAUAUCCAGAGUUUGAAGAAAAGCUUCGAAAGCUUUUGCUCCAUAGCCAUGGCUCUAACAUUGCUGCCACCACAAUAGCCUUGGCAUUGACUUUGACUUCUUUGCACCACUCACAGCUGUUUCGGUGCUGGCUAAGAGCAUUGCAAGCAACAACAGCGACAUCAGUUGUUAAAGGUUUUUGCUGCCAAAAGGUUGUGUUUGAACGGAAAAAAAUUUAGAAAAAUAGAAGAAAAAAAAAACAAACGCAUCAUUGUUACGGCUUGUUGCUAGUAAAUAGAAUCGCUUUGUUGAUGCCUCAACAUUGUUGUAAACAAAGAAAAAACGGAUGUGGCGACUAUGAAAUUUUUGGUGGCUUAAAAAUAACGUGUUCGUUGCUUAAGUCUUUUGUUUUUUAAACUAAACGCAAUAAUUAUAGCAGCGCAAAAUAACGAAUUAUAUAAAAAAAAUAAAAAGAAAACGAAAUUGAAUAAAAUAAUAAUAAAAUGAGAGUGCAUUCACCAAAGCAUAUUGAAAAUAAUCAUGAGAAGUAUACUGCUAAAAGUCCAUCAACAUUAUGGCUUCGCUUGGCUUCCUCACAACUCUCAGCCUGUCUUUUGCUAUUGGUCUUCAUGGGCAUAGCAUGUCUGCAAAUAGUUCACGCAAAUGCAGCUGACCAUAACAGUGAGAGUGUUCUGGGCAAAGGAUUACAAACGCGCAUGCGUUCACCCAAAAUAGCCCAUAUUCAUGUUCUACAGGCUGUAGCAGAAAGUUUACCACAGAAUGAAAAUAGCGUUUCGGAGUUAAGGCAGGAUAAACCCAUUAAGCCUGCGGGUAAAUUUGAAAUUCGCAGCGUAUCCGGAGAACCCAAUUACAAAUCAGUCAAUCUAACAUGGGAAGUUGAAUUUGUACCUUCGUCACAGGAUAUCAUCACCAAUAGCAGUCAAGAAAUUGAACCUCCUGCAGCCUUUCAAUUAUUCUUUUGCGAAUUGCAGUCAUUCGGACCACACCGAUGCAGAUCGAAAAUAGUGAAUGGCACCAUGUCGCCCUAUGACAAUAAUGAUGAUAAUGACCUAGAGGUUAUUAAUAAAAUUCGACAAGUGCGCCAAUUUGCUACUCAGGUGGAAAAUUUACGCAUGGCCACAAAGUACAGUUUUCAUGUGCGCUCCUUGCCCAAAAAUAAGCCCCUAAAGAAGGUAACUGGACGUUCUGAGGUCUUUGAAAACGAAGUGGAGGGAAACGAUUUUCUAAGUAACAAUUAUCUGGGAGGACAGACUAUAGUCAUACCCACCAAAGGAUUUUCAGCCCAGGCCACCCGCUGUUUGCCCAAUGCCUCUGAGAUAGAGGUAGAAACUGGACCGAAUUUUGGUGGCAAAAUUGUAGUGGAUGGAGGCAAUUGCGGCAUCAAAGGUGAUCCCAGUGAUGACAAGGAUAAAUAUGUCAUGCGUAUUGAUCACAAGGCCUGUGGCAGUAUGGUAAAGCCAGAGACCAACACAGUGGAGACCUUUAUAACUGUGCAAGAGAACCUGGGUAUAUUUACCCACAGCACUAGAAGAUUUGUUGUCGUCUGCAGCUAUCAAUCUGGCAUGCAAACCGUACGAGCCAGUUUUUCUGUUCCUGGGCGUGGUGGUGCUGCUGCCGUUUCCCAACAUGAAUCAAUAGAAGAGGAGGAGCGCAUGGGUCGUGGUCUGAAGCCUUUCCGCUUUGUGGACAAAAGUGAAUUGAUUUUAAAGGAAAACGAUAGCGAAGAAAAUAUAUCGGCAACACAAUCAUCAGAAGAAGUUGAAGCUUUGGUACAAGAAAUGGACAAUCCCAUAGUGAGCUCAAACCAAACAGCUGAACAACAUGAACAUGACAAUGACCAUGACCACAACACUGAGCAUGAAGAUGAGGACACUACAAAUGCUGUGGCCAUAUUGGAAAAUAUCAUACCAGGUGUUAAUGAAGAUCACAUCAAAGCUGAAAGUUUAUACACUUCACCUCAUCUGAAGGCGAAUAAUGGUAGACAGCAAGACAGGCAAUUAGAUGAGGAGACGAUUGAAGAAGACGGCGAGGAUGAACCUGCAAAAGGUGAUAAUGAACAAUUUUCUGCAAGAUAUGCUAAAUUAAUAUUGGAGCGCAAUGACCGUGACCAUGAUGGCUAUGAUGAGGCUGAUGGUAAUGAAGGUGAAGAUGAUAGGCUAUACGAUACGCCCACAGGAAGAGCUUUUGGUACAAUUCUGGAACUGGUGUCUGCCAACAUGGGCAGCGUUUUGCUAACCAUUUUGAUAUCUGUGAUAUUAAUUGGAGUUUGCAUAUACAUUCUCUAUAGGGAAACGAGCAAACCACCACAUAUGCCACCAAUAACGCCACCAUCAUCUACGAUCUUACCGCGACAUCAACAUUUGAAAGAGAAUCACACACUGCCGCGAACUUUAAGAAAUAAGCAACAGGAUCUUUUGGCCUAGGUCUGCCAGCAAAAAAAAAAAACAAAAAAAACCAAAUCUAAAAAAAAUACUCCUCCAAUUGCAAAAGUUAACCAAAAGCCCAGAGAAAUCCCUUUCGCCUUAAAAAUAAUCUACAACUUCUCGGCCUUUUGUCUUACCCCCUGUGACCCUUUAAGCUUAUCCUGAUCCCCGAGGUGAAGCUAGUAAAAAGGAAACUAUGCUUUAUUGUCUUGCUGGAAUAUGUGUGAUUGUCUUUUUCUUAAAGUGGCAUCGCUUGGCGCAUUUGUUUGUCUUAAAUCCAAUUUAAAGUUGUCGUGCUACAAAAAAAAAGCAAACAGGAAGACCACUACGGAAGAAAAGGAAAACGACUAUUUCUUAUCAAGUCGACAGAGCAUAGUUAGAAACGUGAUGCUUUGUAACCAUUUUCUAAAUAGUACUUGUAACUUACUUUAAACUUACAUACAUACAUACGUAUAAACAUACCAUUUACAUGGUACUUCUAGCAUAGAUUCAAAAAAGGUAACCAACAAAGAUUUAUAUCCAAGGAAAUUCCCUUGAAACAUUACAAAAAAAAACAAUUUCUUGCAUUUUUAACAAAAAAUCGUAUAACACUUUCAUUGAUUUUCUAUUAAGUCUAUAAUUAAUUAAUUAAUAAGCACCUUUUUCGUAAAACUUAGCUUUAAUUUUAAGACUUCUCCUAGAUGUAGUUAAAAUUUU